AUGGCGGAUGCAUACCCCUACCAGCCAGUUAUUCGAUUGCCCAAACCCAAGAUUCAUCCCGCCAAUAAGCAAAAUGUGCUUCGAUUUGGCAUUUGCGAACCUAAGGACUUUCUUGUUGCCGAUACCCUCUUCUUCGAUGGUCUUCCAAGUUCGAUAAAAGAAGCCGAUAUCCGUGCGCUGUUGCAGCACUGCAUGCCUAUUGAGUGUGUAUCGCCUAAAAAUAUCUCCCAGGAAACUAAAUUCCCAUUCGAUGUAGCCGAUAGGGCUUUUUCGUUGUACAAUGGAUUCACCUUCACGAACGGCGCCAAACUGCAAUUGCGCAUGUAUCAGGACAGUUCGCUGGAACCGGAAGCGCAAGCCAAUUUAUUGCAGAUCAAAAAUCUGCCUCUCCACAUUGACGACAAUAACCUUUACGACAUCUUUCGACCCUACGGUGCCUUGAAUUUAUGCAAAUCCAUUAUGGAAGGCUCGACUUUUCAAGGCACCGCUUUUAUACAAUUUUUUUCACAAGAGGAUGCGGAUAAGGCCCAGAAAAUUUUGCAUGGCAAAAUUCUGGAUGGAAAUGUCAUCUCAGUUACGCAAUUCGUGCCGACAGCAAAUUGCGCGCCGAUUGGAACUAUGGCCAGUGCAGAAGGCGAUAAAACCGAAACCGGUUACGUGGAUUUCAUGAAUCUUUAUAUCAAGAAUUUAGAUCCGAGCAUUACGAACAAUGAUCUCUUUGCCCUUUUUCGGGGCUUUGGUCGCAUUGUGUCUGCUCGAGUCAUGAGCAACCCUGCCACCGGUCAAUCCAAAGGCUAUGGGUUUGUCAGCUAUGGAAAACCCGAAGAAGCCGCCAUGGCUCGUCAGGCCAUGAAUGGAACCAUGGUAUUAUCCAAACAGCUCAUCGUCGCCUAUCACGAACCCAAAAGACAACGUCACGAUCCUCAAAAAUCUACAUCCAAUGCUAUUCCCCAGCAUCCAACCAAUGGUACGGUGACCAACGGUAGCUCAACCAACGGGGUCUCGGCUAACGGCAAUAUGCAUCCCUCGGACAAACAUACGCAUGAUGUGACCCAUUCGCCUUUUCGAUCUUAUGGCGAUCAUUCUCAACCGCAUGAACAUGCUGAUUCCAACACAGCCAAUGUAAAAGAUCUCUCCAUCGGUCAAAAGCCUACCUCGCCAAUGCAGUUUACUUCACGAAAGGUCUCAGCUGUAGAGUCUCAUCAUCUUCAUACCAAUGCUCGGCUAUCACCUCCAUUUUCUUCAUCGCCCAAUUCGGGCAUCAGUACGGGACCAUCACUGGUGUCACUCGCUUCAGGCUUCAGUGUGCAAGUUCCACCCAAUGUACCAUCACAAAAUCAGACCAACAAAGUCGGGGAUCAUCGACCGACAUUGCGACGAAGAGGAUCAAUGGAAUCGGUGGCUUCCGUCAUGACCGAAUCCAGUAUAGGCCUCCAACGUCAAAAGCUGACAGAUGCAGUUUUGCAAUGUGGCAAUUUUGGUGACGCUGUGCCUGAAAUCGUGGAUAUGCUGUGGACGUUGAAACGCAAGGAACGAUCACUGUGUCUAUUUAACCCAGACUUUCUGAGAUCCAAGAUUCAGUUGGCAUUGGACGCCUUGGCCACGUUUGGUGAAGAAUCAGAAGAGGAAGAAAUUCAAGUCCAGCCCACCAGCCGACGUGGUCUCUGCAGCAGUUCCAGUCAUCGUGCGAGCAUGGUUUCUACCUCUGUCCCGCCGGCCUCUGUGCCCUAUACGAUCUCCUCGGCGUCCAACAGGGUGUCUGUGAAGCCACCAAGCAAAGCGAUUCCCAUUGUCGAUCCACGAACUUCAUCGGGAUCGCAGUCCGACACCACCACCGAUUUGGUACAAAAGGUGAAGCUCCCUGAAGCUACGCAAACGGAAGUAAAUCGUCUUUUAUCCUCGCUUGAAGGAAAACCGGUGCAUGAACAAAAGCAGCAACUUGGGGAUCAACUCUUCCCUCUUGUCAAGGCUACUGGCGUGAAGCACGCUCCCAAGAUUACUAUACGCUUAUUAGAUACCCUGGAUCUCCGUGAAUUGGCUCACAUUAUGCACUGCAAACCGAUAUUAAAAGAAAAAGUCGAUGAAGCCUUGGCUGCUAUGCAAAAGUGA